CCUCCCCUAAGGGCUGGAAGGUUGGGCAGAGUGAGUUCACCCAGGUAGUGCUCGCCCCGCUCGCCCGGCUCCUCCGCAGUCCGGGAAUAACCCCGUGGCCCUCCCCUACCUGGCGGAGUGGACACCCCCGGCCCCAGGCCUGCGGACCAAGCAAGCGGCGGCCGCCCUGCGCGGGGCCGGGGCGGGCCGAGCCAGGGGCCGCCCCCAGCCGACCCUCCCCCUGCCGGGCCCGCCCUCCCCGCCGCGGAGCUGGAGGAGGGCGGGGCGGGGCCCUGGGGUCAGUCUGAGCCUCCGGCACCGGCCGCGCAGCUGGAGGCGGCGGAACCGAAGCCUUGACUUCAUCUCAGCUCCAGAGCCCGCCCUCUCUUCCUGCAGCCUGGGAACUUCAGCCGGCUGGAGCCCCACCAUGGCUGCAAUCCGAAAGAAGCUGGUGAUCGUUGGGGAUGGUGCCUGUGGGAAGACCUGCCUCCUCAUCGUCUUCAGCAAGGAUCAGUUUCCGGAGGUCUACGUCCCUACUGUCUUUGAGAACUAUAUUGCGGAUAUUGAGGUGGACGGCAAGCAGACUGGCUCUGUAACCUGGGCCGAGUCCCUUUGCCUCUGGGUUUAAGCUCCCCCACCUGCAAAAUGGGGAUGAUGGUGGAGCUGGCUCUGUGGGACACAGCAGGGCAGGAAGACUAUGAUCGACUGCGGCCUCUCUCCUACCCGGACACUGACGUCAUCCUCAUGUGCUUCUCCAUCGACAGCCCCGACAGCCUGGAAAACAUUCCUGAGAAGUGGACCCCAGAGGUGAAGCACUUCUGCCCCAACGUGCCCAUCAUCCUGGUGGGGAAUAAGAAGGACCUGAGGCAAGAUGAGCACACCAGGAGAGAGCUGGCCAAGAUGAAGCAGGAGCCCGUUCGGUCUGAGGAAGGCCGGGACAUGGCGAACCGGAUCAGCGCCUUUGGCUACCUUGAGUGCUCAGCCAAGACCAAGGAGGGAGUGCGGGAGGUGUUUGAGAUGGCCACUCGGGCUGGCCUCCAGGUCCGCAAGAACAAGCGCCGGAGGGGCUGUCCCAUUAUCUGAGAUCCCCAAGGCCUUUCCAAACAUGCCCCCUCCCUUCAACAGGGGUACAGAAAUUAUCCCCCUACAACCCCAGCCUCCUUAGGGCUCCAUGCUGAAGGCUCCCCUUUUCAGUUCCCUCCUGCCCAGGACUGCAUUGAGGUUUCCUAGCCCUGAGGUGGUGGGGUGGUGCGGGCCCUCCCUCCCAGUGCUCUGGGAGCCAGGCCUAUGCCCUGCCCUUCCUCAGGGCCCCUGGGGCUCUUGCCCCUUUGACCUUUCCCAAAGGAUGGUCACACACCAGCACUUUAUACACUUCUGGCUCACAGGAAAGUAUCUGCAGUAGGGGACCCAGAGUCCCAGGCCCCUGGAGUUGUUUUUGGCAGGGGCCUUGUCUCUCACUGCAUUUGGUCAGGGGGGCAUGAAUAAAGGCUACAGGCUCCAACGU